CGGUCGCUUGCUUUGCGCGAUUCAUUUGAACUCAAAACCAACCAAAAACUCUGUUCGAAUUCGAUUUGAAAAUAAAAUUUUGCAACCACAAAAUUGGUUUUUUCAAUUGUCCAACACAAAAAAUACAAAACCGCAAAGAAAUGCGACGCGACGCGCUGCCAAAUCGAAAAUCAAUCAAUCCAAUCUAAAUCUAAAUCUAAGAAUUAAAGCAAAUACAGAACCCAGAACCCAGAAAGUGCAACAUUCCCCCUACCGCCCCAUAAAAGUAAUAAUAAGCAAAAAAAGCGUUGCAGUUAAGUUACCGCUAAACCCAACGAUCCGAGCUAUACAACGACCAUGCUCAUGCACACCACAUCCGCGUCCACAACAUCGACGGCCACCAUGACCAACUCAUCGUCAUCGGCCACGCCCACGCCCGGCUCGACCUCCUCCAACAACAGUGCCACGCUUGAGACGCUCCACCAGCAUCAGCAGCAGCAACAACAACAACAACAACAGCACCACCAGCUCCAACAGCAACUCCAAGAACUCCACACAAAUGCGGCAAACAACUCGCGCCCUCCAUCGCGGGCUCCCUCGAUCCUCGACAGUCCGACCCUGGCGCGUGUGGAGCGGGCUCGCCUGCGGCUGGGGCAGCAGGAGCGGGAGCGUGAACGGGAGCGGAGCAGCCAGCGUGAGGGUGGAGGUUGUGGUGGCAGCACUGGCACCGGCAGCACAGCCACCACCAUGAAUCGGGAGGAUAGCCUGGAGCGGAGCAUCAUGGAUCCCAAGCAAUCCUUGCUGGCAGGACGCAUACCGGUGGCCUCCAUGACAGGACCCAUUAAGCGUGGACUGCUCUGGCAGCAAAGGGAUCGUCUCUUCUCACGCUGGAAGGAACGAUACUUUGUGCUCACUCGUGACUACUUACAUUGCUUCAAGAGAGCCUCUGGAUCGGCCAAUGAAAGGGCCUCGGAUAUGGGACAGUUUAUCUUUAAGGUCAAGCUGGUGGAUGUGGAGAAGGUGGAGUGGCUGAAUCGUCGUUCCUACAGCGCCAUUGGUUUACUUCUGGGACGCGAGGGUCGCGUUCUCCUCCGCUGUGAUGAUGGCCUCGAGGAUUGGUUCGAGCUUUUGGAGGAGUGCACUAUGACCUCUAAGGAGCGACGACGAGCCUUGAAGAUCGCCCAGGGACCACGUUCCCGUGCCUCAUUGGCUGCCCCCGUUUCCCAUGCCUCGUUGCAGUUCCAGCACUUUGGCCUGGGUGGCACUUACUCCAGUGCCUUGGAUGACUGGCUGAUGACCAAUGGCACUGGCGGUGGGCUGGCGCGGCAUAAAAUUGGUGCUGGCAGUCUUAAUGGCUAUGCCGGUGCCAAUCCCUUCUUGUUCUCCGAUUCUGUACCGGAUCUGAGUGCCCUGAAUAAUGAGAAUCAUAAUCAUCAUUUGAGUGGCAUUAGCACGAAUCACUCGACGCCUCAGAAGAUUCCGCAUCAUAGCAAUGCGAAUCUCAGUCGUUACUCCAAUGGUUAUGUCUGCCAGAAUAGUUUUACCCAGGGUGGAGCUCUGUACGGUUCGCCAAGAAGGAUCUUCAUCAAUAGUAGCUUUGGAUCCAACCAGGUGGUGGAUGAGGAGACGGAAGAGUCAGAGGUUCAACUGAGGCGACCAAGGUUGUUCCGGGGAGUGAGUGCCACGCCGGAUAAUGGCAAUGAGCUGGACAGGGAUUGGUUGUACAGGAAGCCAAGGGCGCCCACCGAUAUGAGGCACUCAGUUCAACCCAUGCUGCCUGUUGGCAAUAAUGGCAGUAAUGCCGGCCUGGCCAAAACGGAGCUGGAUUGCUCGGCCCAUGAUAGUGGCCUGGAUACACCUCCUUCAACACAUCGACCUUCAAGCUACCGGGAGGCAAGUCGGGAUAGCACGGAGACCAAUGGCAGCUCCUCACGUGGCACACUACUGAACAAUUCCUCCUCGCCGGCAGGCAGUUUUCGGGCCAAGAAAUUGAGUAGCCAAGUGACUAAUCUCAAUCAGCUGAAUGCUCUGCAUGGUUCACGAUACUCUGUGCAGGAUCAGCGUAUCCUUAAGAUGCGUAACAACGAGGAGGAGCGCUGUGCCUCAAUCAAAAUGGCCAAUCGAUUGAAUCAGAAUCAUGAGCAGCAGCAGCAGCAGCAGGUGCCACAACAGGUGGCCUCCUAUGAUCCCAAUCAGAAUCGUUACUAUAAGAAUGGCAAUGCAACGCCACCAACAUCGCUGACACCGCAGCAUACGCCACAGCACAAGCUGAUGAUGAUGCAUCACGGCAAUGGGAAUGGCAAUGGAGGCACCUUGAAUGGCAACAGCAAUGGCGGACAGGAUAGAAUGAAUGGUUCGGCCAUUUUCAGGGAGCGUUACCAGCAUCCGGCUCUGGCAGCCAUCAUUAACGAAGCCCAGGGCCUAAAGUUUCGAGAGCGCGCCUAUUCGGAUAGUCAGCAGCGUCGCCUCAACAAUAACAAUGGACCGACUCCGCAACCAGCCUCACCCCUCGCCCAGCGCCGGAAUAAUGCCGGACUUGGUUCCGGAAUGGGAUCGGGAGUCGGAUCGGGGGCCCUCUUUGGCACACCCACGCGUGUAUAGCGCCUAAAGGUCUAAAGAAUUAAUAAUCAAAUCUAAAUUGCGAAUCGGAGGAAUGAUAUUAGCUUCCCAAAACUAGUUUAAAAUGGAUUAAUAAGCGGUAAAAUUAGUCAACUUUGAUGGAAAGAUUUUGGAAAUUAUUUGCAUAGUAAAUAUUAAAUACUUCAACGAAGGUAGAGAAUAAUUAUUAUAUAUAUGUAUGUAGUAGUACUCUUAGUGUGUGUGCUCCAAUGU